AUGAGUGCACAUGCAGGAACGCAGGCUCAUGUGUUGAAUAAAAGUGUGCCACUGCCGUCGCCUCUGUACGGCAGUAACAACGCCGGCAGGUACAGCAGUGACAACGCCAGCAGGUACGGCAGUGACAACACCACCAGGUACAGUGACAACGCCGGCAGGUACAGCAGUGACAACGCCGGCAGAUACGGCAGUGACAACGCCAGCAGGUACGGCAGUGACCACGCCAGGUACAGCAGUGACACCGCCAGGUACAGCAGUGACAACGCCGGCAGGUACAACAGUGACAACACCGCCAGGUACAACAGUGACAACGCCGGCAGGUACAACAGUGACAACACCGCCAGUGCUGGGAGCCUUGCGACCGACACGGACGCUGGGAGCCUUGCGACCGACACGGACGCUGGGAGCCUUGCGACCGACACGGACGCUGGGAGCCUUGCGACCGACACGGACGCUGGGAGCCUUGCGACCGACGCGGACGCUGGGAGCCUGGCGACCGACGCGGACGCUGGGAGCCUUGCGACCGACACGGGCGCUGGGAGCCUUGCGACCGACACGGACGCUGGGAGCCUUGCGACCGACACGGACGCUGGGAGCCUUGCGACCGACACGGACGCUGGGAGCCUUGCGACCGACACGGACGCUGGGAGCCUUGCGACCGACACGGACGCUGGGAGCCUUGCGACCGACACGGACGCUGGGAGCCUUGCGACCGACACGGACGCUGGGAGCCUUGCGACCGACACGGACGCUGGGAGGCUUGCGACCGACACGGACGCUGGGAGCCUAGCGACCGACACGGACGCUGGGAGCCGAGCGACCGACACGGACGCUGGGAGGCUUGCGACCGACACGGACGCUGGGAGCCUUGCGACCGACACGGACGCUGGGAGCCUUGCGACCGACACGGACGCUGGGAGCUUUGCGACCGACACGGACGCUGGGAGCCUUGCGACCGACACGGACGCUGGGAGCCUUGCGACCGACACGGACGCUGGGAGCCUUGCGACCGACACGGACGCUGGGAGCCCCGAGACCGACACGGACGCUGGGAGCCCCGAGACCGACACGGACGCUGGGAGCCCCGAGACCGACACGGACGCUGGGAGCCCUGAGACCGACACGGGCGCUGGGAGGCUUGCGACCGACACGGACGCUGGGAGCCUUGCGACCGACACGGACGCUGGGAGCCUUGCGACCGACACGGGCGCUGGGAGCCCUGAGACCGACACGGGCGCUGGGAGCCCUGAGACCGACACGGGCGCUGGGAGCCUUGCGACCGACACGGACGCUGGGAGCCUUGCGACCCACACGGACGCUGGGAGCCUUGCGACCCACACGGACGCUGGGAGCCUUGUGACCCACACGGACGCUGGGAGGCUUGUGACCCACACGGACGCUGGGAGCCUUGCGACCGACACGGGCGCUGGGAGCCCUGAGACCGACACGGGCGCUGGGAGCCCUGAGACCGACACGGGCGCUGGGAGCCUUGCGACCGACACGGACGCUGGGAGCCUUGCGACCCACACGGACGCUGGGAGCCUUGCGACCCACACGGACGCUGGGAGCCUUGUGACCCACACGGACGCUGGGAGGCUUGUGACCCACACGGACGCUGGGAGCCUUGCGACCGACACGGACGCUGGGAGGCUUGUGACCCACACGGACGCUGGGAGCCUUGCGACCGACACGGACGCUGGGAGCCUUGCGACCGACACGGACGCUGGGAGCCUUGUGACCCACACGGACGCUGGGAGCCUUGUGACCCACACGGACGCUGGGAGCCUUGUGACCCACACGGACGCUGGGAGGCUUGUGACCCACACGGACGCUGGGAGCCCCGAGACCGACACGGACGCUGGGAGCCUUGCGACCGACACGGACGCUGGGAGCCUUGCGACCGACACGGACGCUGGGAGGCUUGCGACCGACACGGGCGGAAAGAUGACACCUUCCCUAGCAGCGAUAUAA